GAAGGCUGGAGUGGGGCUUGAGGCAGUUGGACGGCACUUGAGAACCAGGGAUUGAACCCAGGCCCUUGCGUUUGCCAGAUCACUGUGAUGGAAAGGAUGAAGUUGGGAGAAGGAAGAUUGCUCAGGACCAGACUGAAUGUAUUGUGUGAAGCCUUACACCCCACCCAUGGGCUUGCCUGGACUGAUGGAAAUCAGGUAGUCGUGACCGAGUUACAGCUUCACAGUGGAGUGGUCAAGUUUGGGGACUCAAGAAUCCUUGGUCAGUUUGAACAUGUCUGGGGGGUCUCCUGGGCCCCUCCUGACACAGCUGGUGUGCCCGCUCUGCUUGCUGUUCAGCAUAAGAAGCAUGUAACUGUGUGGCAGCUGUGUCCCACCACUACAAGGUCAAGCAAAUGGCUGAUGUCUCAGACUGCUGAGAUCAGAGAGUCUCUCGAUGUCCUUCCCCAGGGCUGUGUGUGGCACCCAAAAAACUCUGUCCUAACUGUGUUGACUGCACAUGAUGCCUCCGUUUUUCCCCGUGUUCGCUGUGACAACUCCCGUGUGAAAGUGGACGUCGGUGCCCAAGGCCGCAUUCAUUGUGCAUGUUGGACCCGGGACGGCCAGAGGCUGGUGGUAGCUGUAGGCAGCUGCCUUCAUUCCUACACCUGGGACAGUGCUCAGAAGACUCUUCACAGGUGCUCCUUCUGCCCACUGCUCAAUGUGGACAGCCGUGUCUGCUCCAUCAGGGCCACCACGGACUUGGAAGUUGCUGUCACCACUGAGCUUCCACUAGAUAAGAUUUGUAGCUUAAAGGCAGCUGAACUCAUUGAUGUCCCAACUAAUGGCAAAUAUGUUGGCUUGCAUAGUUCUCCAGGUGCUAGUGAGAUGUCAUCUGCGGAUGAGGAGGUCGCUGCUUCUGAAACAGAUUGUGAAAUACCAGUUUCUCCUUCCAUUUCACAUCUCCUGGAUCUGACUCAUUUACGUUUCAACCCUCCUCAGUCUGAGGGAAGUGCUCUUAUUUGUCUAAGAAAAAAGGACUACUUGACAGGAACUGGCCAAGAUUCUUCUCAUUUGGUCCUUGUGACCUUUGGGAAAGAGGUUACCAUGACCAGAAAAGUUACUAUUCCAGGCAUUCUGGUUCCCGAUCUGAUAGCAUUUAAUGUCAAAACACAGGUAGUGGCAGUCGCUUCUAAUACUUGUAAUAUAAUUUUGAUCUAUUCUGUCACUCCAUCUUCAAUGCCAAAUAUCCAGCACAUUCAGUUAGAGAAUGAUGAAAGACCAAAAGGCAUAAGUUUCGUGACAGACAAACUGUUACUAAUUUUGGUAGGAAAACAGAAGUCCACUAAUUCAGCAUUUCUUCCUUCAUCAGAGUCUGAUCAGUAUGUAAUUCACUUGGUUGUUAGAGAAGUCAUGUUGGAAGAAGAAUCUUCACCAACAUCUAAUGAAACCCAGAAUGCAGAUGCUACUUGCAAUGGUUUAUUAAACAAAGCAAACAGAAAAAAGUUGAUUGAAAGUCUUUCCCCAGGUUUUUGUCAUCAAAACAGAGAACUCCUGAUAACGGCAAACACCAAUAGUCAGGGUGCAAAGCCUGGAAAAACUCUUAUUGAAGAAGUUGAAAGUCCCCCUUCCAGUAUCCUAGAUGGUUCCAUUUCCCUGGAAACACCGCCCCGGCCCUCCUGGGCCCAGGGAGCAUUGCCCGGACUCACCAGCAUGCCUGAACCUCCAAAUGUUCCUCGAAGAGAGGACUUGGAAACUGUCCAGCUAACUAAGGGCCUGGAAGUUUUGUCUAGGAGCGUGACUGAGAUGCAGCAAUGUCUUUCUGAACUUAGGGAUUUUCUAUACAGUAAGAAGAAAUCAUCUCCAGUGUACCCACUCUCUAAGGAUCCCCCUUAUGUUCAUAUCAUUUACCAGAAACCCUGCUGCGUAGGUCCUGUUGAAAAAAGAGCGGUGCUGCUCUGCGAUGGCAAACUGAGGCUCAGCGUGAUUCAGCAGAUGUUUGGUCUCUCUCUUGUUGAAAUGCUGCAUGACUCCCAUUGGAUCCUGCUCUCUGCUGACAGCGAAGGCUUCGUUCCAUUAACUUUCACAGCCACCCAGGUGCUCGUCGUGCGGGAUGGUAGCCCACGCAGCUCGGAGGUCAUCGGGGACUCUCUUUCUCCCAGCCAGGACCCUGUCUCCUUAUCCAAAGGUUCUGGAGACCUUGCUGCCCAGAACCAGGGCACCCCCAGCUGUCCUCACUGCAUGGGUGGUGCAACCUGAUCCCUGUUUCUGGUGAGACUGUGACAAGCAAGUUGGGCUGCAGCAUGGACUCCGGGGAAUCUUCCAGUGUCACAGGGGAUGUAUGGUUGUGGCAGCUCUGCCAUCUUUCCUGGGCUCUGGCAUGCUGGCCAGUGGCAGUGUUCUGUGUCUCCAAGACGGCUCAGAAAGCAGUUGAUUUCUGUUUUUGUGACCCUGGAGUUUCAUCUAAAGGCAGAGUUCCUGGAACAAAGCCACUCUAGUGCUCUAUGCCUUGUGUCUUAUGGUUUCUCUGAGGCUUUGUGUCCUCUGUCCAGAGCAGUGUUAAUGCUGUUAGUGUCAGAACUGCUGCACAGCCUAGCAAGCCUUGCUGCAGCUUUUUUCCAGCCUCAGACCAGUAGGAAUCCGUAGCAUGCAAGUAGGAAUCCGUAGCAUUCAAAGGAGGCCAAACCUGACUUCCACCCUUCAGACUUCCUAUGCUGGAGGUGUUCAGGCCCUGGCCUUUCCUUCCAGAAUUUAAACCUAACACUCUGCAUACCUGUAACCCCAGCACUCAGAAGGCUGAAACAAGAGGAUUGUUGU